UCGAGUUAAUAAACUCUUGGACACCUGGACCUUGUUUGUUUGAGAGAGAUUUUUUUAUUUUAACCAUCCAAGUUGACAUCCCCGUGUGGGCUGAGGGCAUAAGACAACAUCCUAGGGCGGGCCAUCCGGCUGGGUGCAAAGAUCAAGCGCUCAAAAUAGUAGCACAGACCUCAAGAGAAUGAGGAAGCCCGAUGACCAGUUCCUGAGGCGGCUCUACUGACAACCAACUUCACAAUGGUUGAGUGGACACCAGGUCAAGUCUUUUUUAUUCAUUUUCAAAUAGAUUUCAGAUAGAUUUAUCCGAAGUCCUUGUUUUUAGGGAGCCGUUUUUGUGAGAAAUCUAACAUUUUCGUCGUAAAAGUGAGUGCUAUCUGUUCUUCUUUUGUUAGCAAGAGGAAGGCAAACACCUCGUCACUCAAAGUUGUUCAACCAGAUAUGACAAAAGCAUCUUUCCCAUGUGAUCGGCCCAAGUGUCCAAGUGUUGAUGAACUCCUCUUUGGGCACUGGUUUGGUUCAUUUGCUUUAAGCAGGCAGUUGUUCAGCCUUUGCUUGAGAAGCAAGGUUUGGAUGAAAACUGCUUUAAUAACUUUUGCACUGUUUCCAAGUUGUCUUGUCUCUCAAAACGUUUAGAAAGUCACGCUGUCACAAAGAUUCCGUUUUUAAAUACAGCUAAUUGAUUAGAGCGUAAAUCUGGAUUCAGUGCUUUCCAUAACACAGAGUCUGCUUUGUUGAAAGUGUUCAAUGUAGUGUUGCACCAUAGACCGGGAUUUUGACAUUGGUGGGGACAUAAAAGUGGUGUGCAGAGCCACAUUGUCACUAAUGUUUAGCUCCGUUUACUUGACUUAUUUAAACAAUAUCAUAAUAUAAUAAGAAUUAAAAAAAUGUUUUAUUUGAAAGGGUUUUCUAGACGGUUCUUCAUUGUUGUCACUCUCAUUGCUAUACUGUCUAUUGCUGUCUACAGCAAGAUCAGUUUCCUUAGAAAUACACCAGAAUAUACAAUUAGACUCUCUUCAGUAUGUUGAACUACAUCUACAGUCUGGAUAAAACUACUUUUUAUAUACAUACAUAUUUAUGCCUACAUCUUUAAAACUAUGUAUGACUGAGUGCUUACUAGACCUCUAUAACAGUCCAACCUUGUUAUAUCUUUAAUAUAAUGUACAACAAAUAACAUAAUCAUGUUUUAAAAAGCCUAAUCACCUGUGACUCUCCACAACACGACUGGACUGCUUCUGUCACCUGACUUGACACAAUAAUGCAUUCCAUAUCAACAUUAAAGGAAUUUAAUGGACUUCACAGAGGCAACUGCUUCGCGUCCGGUGGUUCUAGGCCUCCACGUUGUGCAUUAAAACCUCUUAACGCACGGUUAGCUCUGGAUUAUCCCUUACGUAAAGAUGAAUUGUUUGGUUGAAGUUAUUAGUAGGGACCAUUUAUUGUUCCCUGAAUAACACGUCCCUACCCAAAUUGACGCCCUAUGAGAAUGAUGACAUUAACCUGUGCAUGAUGAUUUAUUUUGUGACAGGCCAACAUACAGCUGACCAACUUUGAUAUCACUUUACAACUAGGUUCAAUUUCUAAAUAUAAACUUACAUGAACUAAUAAUGUGUACCACUCCUACAACAGUUAUUCGUCUUAAUGGUCCAUUACUACGGAUUAAAUAAAUAUUUUAAUCCAUUUAAAAUAUUAACUGUUGUAUUUUUUAACGUUUAUCAAUGUACUAACACAAAUAAAACCACUAGAUUAGUAUUAAGUAAUGUAAACAAAUGAGUGAAUGAUUUAUGAAGAGAUUUAUUAUUGCUUCAUGUCAGAAUGAGUUAUGUAAUGUUUUUAAUUCAUUAAUGUAUAAAAGGGAAUGAAUUUAACCAUGCUUUUCAGUCUUAUCUAGUAUUUAUGUUUUAUGUAGAGAAAAAACCUUUUUACAAAUGCAUUUCCAAAAUGCCCCCCGCAAUGUUCUACGAUUUACAGGGAGAAAGACACUAAUUUCAUCACACGGCAGUGCUGCUUGGGAUGUUUGCGGUCUGUGACGACUGGAGAAAUACCGCUGCCUGUAUCUAUAUCUAACUCGCAAAGAUAAAGGCUGUGCUAAUCUAGAUGUGCUACAGUACAAAACGCACAGGUGUGGUGGAAGACGAUCAAUGGCUGACUGGAUAUCAGAUAUACUUAUCACUGCCACAAAACUUAACUGGGCUGUGUGCCUCGACUUCAACCACAUCCAUCAUGUGUGCUGUGGAGAAGGCCAAGAAGAGAAUCGUUCAUACAUCGUUGUGUAUGGACAUUGGCUGAAAAGCUCUCAACCGAAUAUAUUCAGCCCUGCUCUGGGAGUAGCAUCAUCAUUGCAUGAAGUGGAAAUCACCAGAUAUGAAUUGAUUUCGUUUAUGAAUGCCACGAGGAUCAGGAUGGAGAGCAUCAUGGAAGAACUUCAAGGAUUUCAUUUAAACAGCUGCAGAACCGUGGAUCUGCUAACUGCUGCUCAAGCUAAAGUUUGUGCCACAAUGGAAGAAUCAGCUGUAUAUACAUUCCAGAAUGUGGAGUAAAAUGGUCUUUGAACCUGAGAAAUAUUGAGAUGUGUAAAAUCCGAAGUCAUCCGUGGUACAAGAUAACUGAUAAAGAUGUGAAAAGCUGUUUACUUAUCUAGCUUGCUGAAUUAAGUGAUAUGACAAUUUAAAUGUUUUGGGCACCAAUAUUAAAUUGCACAUACUACGUUAUAUCUUUGCGCACAUGUUUAGCAUAUAUAUUAUGAUACGCAUAUUUUUUUUCCUGUUAGUUAUAGUUAUAGAAUACUGCUUAUGGAGGAAUUUCAUGACAUGACUUUGUUUUUCAUCCUUAUUCACAAUGUAUUGCUCUUCGAUUUAAACACAUUUGUAUGAGAUUCAGAAAAGCACCUGACUGCUGUGUUUUUGUUGUCUGUUAGUGUUUAUGAAAUCUGGGCACUUUUUCCGGCCCCAACCCUACAUGGUCCCAAUCUGGGCAUGUUCCGCCCCGUUACUAUGACAACAAUCUACAUAGAGCAAGGCCACAGUUUUGCCACAGUUAUAGACAAGAGAAUGGGGUGAAGAAGGGGAAACAGGUCAUGAUGAUGAUGAAAUAAUUGUGGUGGGCGAGGAUUUAUAUAAAAGAAACACGAAGAUAACCGCAAGUUACCUGAUUGGUUCAAAGUAAGGAACACCUCUUGACGUUUGGGUAUAACUGUUGAUGCAAAGCACUGUGUUUUCAGAUGACUUGGAACGUCUCACUUUGUUUGGCUCGAGCAAAUAAAGUUUACUCUUUGACACCUGGACCUUCUUUGUUUGAGAGACUUUUAAUCCGCAAGAUCAUUUAUCCCCAUCACGUACAACAGAUCAAUGGCGUUCUUGAACAAUUUUCGAUUGGCAUUUCUUGCCAUGCUGAUGUUGGCUCUACAUCUGGAGUUAACCAGUGCUGGUGUAGAAAUUACAAACAUAAAAGCCGACAGCCUCUACGAUGUUGAUCCUGCGGGAAACAAGGCCGAUGCAUAUGUGAUGGUCUGGUGCAAUGGUUUAUUUGGGGGUUCGACAGGAUAUCGCGAAGAUACAAAUUACCCCCGGUGGUCGAGAGAGUUCAUCUUUUCAUAUUGUGGAGUCGGUGACACCCUGAAGCUGCAGGUGUGGGACAGCGAUUGGGAUUAUGAUGACAAUUUGUUUACCUGUACAACACAGCUUAAGAGCGGCUCUUAUACAUACACUUGUAAACAUUAUCAUGGAACUCUCUAUUUAGAUUACAGGGUGUAUUAAAUCUGUUCUGAGAUCAUCUCCACUGUAACCAGCUCUGAACUAAUCAAGUAGACAGUGAAUUUCAUGUUCUGCUGGUUUUGCAUUGAAAGAUGUUUGUUUCUGCCAAACAGGUUGUGGUAAGGUUAAAAAAUACUGUAGUAUUUAGGAAUUUUACUACAGUUGACUAUAGUAUUCUACUGUAUUUUGCAUCUUUCUGAAAUGACUGCAAACUGGUUUUAAUUCAAAUAAAAAAAAUCAUGCAGAGUUA